AAAACAAAGGAACACCACUUUCAAAUCAGCCUUCUUCCUUAGGGUUUAACAAAAUUCUCCAUAACAAUUUUCUCUGUUUACAAAAAAUAAAUUCAAACCCUUUAACCAAAAUCAGAUGAUUCAACUCUUUACAGUUUCUCAAUUGUAAAAUUUGUAAACCUAAACAAUAAAAAAGCAAUCUUUUUUAUUGGAUCAAGAAAAUGGAAGCAAGAGUAGGUGUAUCUGGACAUGGCGGUGGUGUAGUGGAAGGUGGUGCAAGAAAGUUUUUACAACAGCCCCAACAACACCAUCUUCAACAAAAUCAUCAUUAUCAUACACAACAGCAGCAACAACAGCCACAGCCUCAACCUCAGAUUGGUACUGUCCCACAGCUUCUUGCUGGUGGCAUUGCUGGUGCUUUCAGCAAAACUUGUACUGCUCCCCUUGCCCGUCUCACCAUUCUUUUUCAGGUUCAAGGUAUGCAUUCAGAUAUUGCAGUAUUGACCAAGCCCAGCAUAUGUCGUGAGGCAUUACGUAUUGUCAAUGAAGAAGGAUUCAGGGCUUUUUGGAAGGGGAACCUGGUCACUAUUGCUCACAGGCUUCCCUAUUCCUCAGUCAAUUUCUAUGCUUAUGAACGCUACAAGAGCAUAUUGAAAUCAAUUCCUGGUCUGGAUGGUAAAGGGCGAAAUGCAGGUGCGGAUAUUUUCGUGCACUUUGUUGGUGGUGGAUUGGCUGGAAUUACAGCAGCUGCUGCCACCUAUCCGUUGGACCUUGUCAGAACAAGAUUAGCUGCACAGAGGAAUACCAUAUACUAUCAGGGCAUCUGCCAUUCUCUUCGUACCAUUUGCAGAGAUGAAGGCUUUUUUGGGUUGUACAAAGGGCUUGGUGCUACAUUACUGGGUGUUGGACCUAGUAUAGCAAUAAGCUUUUCUGUCUAUGAGGCUUUGAGAUCUUACUGGCAGGCUCAGAGGCCCGAUGAUCCUACUAUUGCAGUCAGUCUUGCUUGUGGAAGUCUGUCAGGAAUCGCAUCUUCAACUGCAACUUUUCCUUUGGAUCUUGUGAGACGAAGAAAGCAGUUGGAAGGAGCAGGAGGACGUGCACGUGUGUACAACACUGGCAUAAUGGGGAUUUUUAAACACAUAAUCCGAACUGAAGGCUUACGUGGCUUGUACAGAGGGAUAAUGCCUGAGUACUACAAAGUAGUUCCCAGUGUGGGAAUUGUGUUCAUGACGUACGAGACACUGAAAAAGCUUCUAUCUCAAGGGCCUUUUGAUUCUUGACUUUUUCAGUAGUGCACUCUUCCAGUUUUU